AGCAAAUUUACUGUUCAUUAGAUAGUAACUUCACUAAAUUCGGUUGUAACUUCCGAUUUAAUUAAUUGAAGAAAAUUUAUUGAUGUAAUUAAGUAUGAUAUUUAAUAUGAUAACUACUUGGAGAAACCAAAGGUUGUUAAUUACUCUCCUUUUAAGCAUGCUAAACCUUAUUCUAUCGGAAAACUACAGGAGUCAUUCAAGAAUAAUAAUGCCACGGAUGAUUGGAGGCACUCCUGCUGAAGAGGGUGAAGUACCAUUUAUAAUGGCUAUUUUCCAUAGAGGGAUCUUUAAAGGAUCAUUUUCAUUGAUCACUACCACAACAGCAGUUGGAGCUGCCCACGUCAUAUAUCAUUCAUUGGUGAUAUACAUUUACGGAGCCGUUGGAAACAUUAACAAAUACAAAGGUUCCUUGGUGUUUUUCAAAAGAAAAAUUAUACAUCUUAAUUAUGAUCCGGACACAUUCGAAAAUGACAUUGCUCUUUUAAUUCUGAAAAAGUCCAUCGAAAGUACACCAACAUUAUAUCCAGUAGCAGUAGCUGAUAGAAACCAAACAUAUACUUCAGGAUACGCUACCUUAGCAGGAUGGGGAAGGAUAGGAGAAAACACAACUAGCGAUCUUCAAAUAGCAGUUGUAAAGCUCGCGGACCCAUCCUCAUGGCUGACACAUUUUAAAUUUCCUUUAAAAAAAACUGAAAUCAUUUCGAGGGAUUGGGGAAUUUCAGCAAUGAAAGGUGAUUCCGGUUCUCCUUUGAUACGCAGAAAUCAAUUUGGAAGGCAAAUUCUGAUCGGUGUGGUUAGCGCAAUGGGCCAAUCUACGCGUGUCAUAAUUUACAUGUCGACUAGUUUUUAUCACGAUUUUAUCAAAGAUAAUAGUGAGGGUGAAGUGACAUUCCUGUGAAUCACAGUGUCAUUUAUUCGUGGUCUCAGUAUAAACUUUUCUCCGAAAUGUUAUUUUACGUAUUCAGCCUAGCAAGAGACUUUGACAUUAUUUUUCAAUCACGUACCAAUUACAUUUAUAACUAAAUUCGCUUAGACUGAAUUAAUUUUUUAAAUAAAUUUAUAAUUAUUAUUAUACAUAAGGAGUUCAAAAAUAGCAAUUUUAUAUUUACCAUAGAUCAAUGCGAACUCGUCAGUAGGGGAAUGAAUAAAACCACUGAAUACAGGUAGCAGUCGUGUGUUCACCCCUCGCCAGCAAGCUGGCUACGUGGAGUUUUCGGGUUUCCUUCUUAAAUAGUGGGUCAGUUUUCAUGGAAAGUUCUUGCAGAAGGCAUUCCUCAUUGGUAGUUCGAUUAAAUACUUUAUUCCGUUACCUUACCCUAUUAAACCAAGCAAUUAAAAAAGAAAAGAAUGAAAAUAGGAGGUGCAAAGUGUACUUUCUAUAUAAUAGAUCAUACGCUUUAUGUAAAAUGCUUUGUUUGGUAGGCCCUACCAAUUUUUACAGCCGAAUCAUCGUAUCUUGUUUAUACAAUGUUGAAAAUUUCACUAAAUUUUUCCAAUAAAAUAAUUAUGGCUAUUCUCAACUUGUAACAUUAAAAAAUCUUUAAAUAUUAAAAGCACAUGGUGGUCCAAAAGUCAGUUAACCAUUGUAAAGAUAAAAUUCUUGUCAUGCUAUUAAAUAUAAUUAUACAGGAAACAUACAGACAUAUAUAUAGACAGGUAUAUAUACAGUACAUUAUAAUUAAAAUUAUAAAAAUAUAUAUUUUAUUGAAGUGCAGUGAAGGAGAAUAACUUUGAAAAAUUCUCCUUCACUGCAAUUAUGAAAAAGGGUAUGCCUCCUCGGAGGACUUUAAUUAGAAAUUGGCCUUAUUUAGGUGUUACAAACUGUGCAGAAUAUCCGAAUACUCUAAAUAUCCAUCUCUUUGAUGAAGUGCGAGGUGUUCAAUAGUUUAAUACAAUUGUGUGCAAACUAUUUUCAUUUCCGACCCCCAUUUUGUGUAAAAUUUUCUUGCGAUCCAUGGAUAGAUAAAUGUUUUUUUUUUUAUCUUCAACGUAGUUAAAUUGAAAUUCUUUCUGGGAUUUGCGCUUUCGUUUCUGCCUUAUUACAGGUCUGAAUAAAACACAAUUUUAUGAAACGGUUUUAUUUAUGUAUAUAAGUAUAAAUAUUAUUUAAUAAAAAAUACUUUUAAAAGUACUUUACACCAUAAGAAUUCAAUGUGAGGUAUGCGCUUGCAAAGAGUUUGAUUGCUUGUAUGUUUGGAUUUGUAUUGGAAAUCGCAAACCGUAAGUCAUCCACUGUCUGUAUUAGGUACCAACAUAGACAACUGUUUUCGUAAAGAAAUAUAAUUCUAUUUUACUAUUACUUGAAACUAGUUGAAAAUAGCCUUAUAUUUUUUAUUGACAAAUAAAUUUCUUUGAAUUUGGCGACCCCGAAAAAUUUUCUCUCGACUACCAGAGGGGUUGCGAUCCACGAUACGCGAACCAGUAGUUUAAUUCACUCGUUCAUUGGUGAGCUACACAGCUUUUUUAUCUGUAUUCAUUUCAAUAUUUUGUUAUUAUUGUUCCGUUCCUUAAAUUUUAAAAUAAUAAAACAGGAAAUCUUCCUUAAUUAUUUUGAGAGAAAGAAGCGCAUAGAUUACGUGUAAUUAAUUAAAAUUAAAAUUAAAAUCUUGAGAAAAUAAAUACAAUAUUUAAUUACUUGAUACGAAAUUUUUAUGUUUGUGAACUUGGACCAAAUUUGAAUAGAAAACUUAGACAAUAGAACAUUUUUCCUUUUUAGAAUAUCGUAAAUGGAACAUAAUUAAAUUAAAUAAACAAAAAUAAAAAAAAGGCACAGACUCCAUAUGCAGUCAGUUUACUGCAGUUUUGAUUAGUUGUGGUGUAUGUCCUAUAACAACGAUGCCCAACCCUGUGACUGGCGAGCCGCAUGCGGCUCUUCAAGAGCACUAAUUCGUACCCUGAACACUGGGAGUUCGGUCGUGGGUUCGCGUCUCGCUCGGACAGGCUGGCCACGUGGAGUUUUCCGGGUUUUCUCCACGCC